CAGACACCCAAUCAUCAUCACCAUGCUGUCAGAUCUCCUCCUCCUUCUCCUCCUCUCAUCCACGCUGCUGAGUGUGAACAGUUCUCAAGGAGCGUUUGGGCGGAAAGGUUUCACUAAUAAAACACCUUAAAGAAAGUGUUUUCCCCCCAGAAGUCCUCCUACUACUAGCUCUAUCUAGUUCAGACCUGGUCAAGCUGCAUCUCCAGCAACCUCUCUUCUACAGGACGCAACGUUUGGACGCGCAGCGCGUUUUGUGCGCUUUAAUUAGUUUUCUAGUGAAUUUCCUGUGAACUAUUCGGCUGCAUGGAGUCAUCUCUGGAGUUCUCCAGCUCUCUGGGUAGUGUGUCCUCACUGUUGACUCGAUGUCGGACCUUUAAGGUGCUGGUGAUCGGAAACUCCGGGGUGGGGAAGACUUGUCUCACUCACCGGCUCUGCUCCGGAGACUUCCCCCGCAGGGUGGAGGCCACCAUCGGGGUGGACUUCCGCGAGAGGCAGCUGGACAUCCACGGAGAGAGAAUCAAGCUCCAGCUGUGGGACACAGCAGGUCAGGAGCGUUUCCGUAAGUCCAUGGUGCAACACUACUAUCGCAACGUCCACGCUGUGCUCUUCAUUUAUGAUGUCAACUGCCCUGCCAGCUUCAGAGGCCUGACUUCCUGGGUAGAAGAGUGCAGGCAGAACUCCCUCGGCCAGGAUAUCCCCAGGUUCCUGGUGGGUAAUAAGAGUGACCUCCGUGACCCCUCCGGGACUGACGGCCAGGUGAGCCAGGAGCGGGCGACGAGCUUCGCCAAAGCCCACGGCAUGCCGUCUUUUGAGACGUCUGCCAAGAACUCGCCAAACAAAUGGGGGAACAGUCGAGGAGGUGAUGGGGAGGUGCCGUUUCAGCAGGAUAAUGUGGAGGACAUCGUUUUUGCUCUUGGUGCCAAACUGAAGAGACAGAAGAUACCUUUAGUAGCAAACGCCUCGAUGCACGGGUCCUUCAAAGUCCUGAACAAGAAAAGACCAGAGAAAGAGCUGUGGACCUGCUGCUGAGACAAAGAGAGAGAGAGAGGGAACCGUUGGCCUUUUCAGAUGGAACAAUGGGAUGUUUUUAGUUCUUUCUAAGUGUAUGAUUGUGUGUGAACGGACGUGUGUUUGUGUCAGUAAGAGAAUUACCAUGUUGUGCAUAAUGUUCACUUUUUCCUCUUUUACAUUAGAAAUAAAAUAAAUAAUAAGUUGCUGUUUCUCCCACACUGAACUUUAAUAUUUAUACUCUUAAAUGUGUGAGACAUCCUUCUUGGAAAUUUUGUCAAUAUUUGUGAUCUUAUAUUGUUUACAAUAGCUACAAAAUAAAUUACUGUGAAUGUAAACAUUAUUUGGUGGAGGCUCUGUCCUGUCUGUCCCGGCCCACUAUAUUCUGCUCUGUAUACGAGUAACUUUAGUACAGUGGUGUUAAUUUAAUCCUGGCUGUUAAAGCUGCAGUUGGUAACUUUGAGCAAAUGUGAUAAAAGGUUAUUUUUUAUAAAACUG